AUGGGCUCAUUCAUUCUUAGAGACGAACCAAGGCAAGUUGGUAAUAGAGACAAUCCUUACGUCAUUGGAGUAGUCUCCUCCUCAUCAUCAUACUUACUUACUUUUGCUCAAACCCAUCUAAUAUUAGUGAAUCAGUCGACUCGUUGUUUGAUGAGACAACAAAUCAUAAAGACAACAACCACCACUUUGUCAUCUUCAUCCUCCCCCUCUUCUUGUUUCUAUUCAUCAUCCUCUUCACUUUCAUUCAAAUAUACAAAUACAACUUCUUCACAACUAUCAUGUAGACAUCAACAACAACAACAAUACUUAAUCAAUAAUAAUCAAAAUACUAAUAAUACAAAUCAUAUUCAAAAGCGACUUCACUCAUCUUCAAGCAAACCAUCAAGUGCAAAUGAUGUCAAUAUAGUAUUUAUAGAUAAAGAUGGAAAUAAGAAAAAUAUAAGUGUACCUGAAGGUACAUCAUUGCUAGAGGCAGCACACGAUAACGAUAUCGACUUGGAAGGUGCUUGUGAAGGAUCUGUUGCAUGCUCUACUUGUCAUGUUUACAUUGAAUCAAAGUUUUUCGAUCAACUUCCAAUGUCUUCAGACGAGGAAAAUGAUAUGUUGGAUCUUGCUUUUGAUUUACGUACAAAUUCAAGAUUAGGAUGUCAAGUAAUUGUAACAAAGGAAUUCGAAGGAAUGGAAGUAACUAUGCCAUCUGCCACUCGAAACAUGUCGGUCGAUGGUUACAAACCACCCAGGCAUUAA